AUGUCAAAUCAAGAGCAAGACCAACUAAUCGACCAAUUUGUUACAGUGACCAAUUCAUCGAAGAGUUUGGCCGAGCAAUACCUCGCAAGAAAUGAAAAUGAUUUGAUUAAUGCAAUUGAAGAUUACUAUGCCACAUCAUCAAAUACAGAGAAUUCGGGAAUCGAUAACACGAAACCAAAGCAGCCGAAAGCAGAUUUGAAUAACAACGAGGACGACGAUGAAGAGGAUAAGACAGAUACCAAUUUCUUUACAGGAGGAGAGAAAUCAGCGUUGCAAGUGGAAGAUCCAAAUAAAAGGGGUGAUAAAAAGAAAGAGAAAUCGAUAAUUGAUCAGAUUUUUCAAAGAGCAAAGGAACAAAUGGACCAACCUGACGAACGUCCUUCUUCAAAUCAAGACCAACCAGAGGAGGUUCGUAAGUUCACCGGAACAGGCUUCAAAUUGGGUGGAGAGAAUGAGCCAUCCGAACAAGUUGCGGAUAUGAAUAGUCGUUUACCUAAAAAACCUAGCAAGGUCACCAGGGAGAUUACAUUCUGGAAGCAGGGAUUCACAGUUGGCGAAGGAGCCUUACAUAGAUAUGAUGACCCAAACAAUGCCAGUGUUUUGCAGGAAUUGAAUGCUGGGAGGGUCCCAAUGUCGUUGUUGGAUGUGGAGUUCGGCCAAGACGUUGACGUAAGUGUAUUCAAGAAAACAGAUGAAGAUUGGGUUCCACCCAAGAGAAAAGUAGGAGGAUUCUCUGGCCAAGGUCAAAGAUUAGGGUCGCCUGUACCAGGAGAAUCGUGUGGUGCGUCUCCAGCUCCAGAAGCUCAACCAGAGCCUACAAAGGAAACAAAACCAGAGGAUAAGGGUGAAGGUGACUCUUUAGUCCAAAUUAGAUUUGCAAAUGGUAAGAAAACUUCACACAAGUUCAACUCGACCGAUUCUAUUACGAAAGUCUACGAUUUUGUGAGAACUCACCCUUUCACAGAAUCUGAUAAAUCCUUCAUUUUGACUCAUGCUUUUCCAGUCAAACCUAUAGAAGAAUCCAAUGAUUUAACCGUUGGAGAUGCUAAAUUAAAGAAUGCAGUGAUCGUCCAAAGAUGGAUAUGA